ACUUCUCUCCCUUUCGGAGGGCGCGCUGCUGUCUUGGGUCGCGUCCGGUGGAUCGCCGGCCGGGGAUCGCGCUGCCCUCGCAGGUGAUCCGCGUGAGCGGCGCUCCCCUCAGUUAGGGGACGGGCUUUUAAGGCGCUGUCUCUGCUCAGGACUGAAGAUCGCAGCUGCGGGAGCGGAGAGCGGCUGGGUGGGGAUCUCCCGGGGAUCUCCAUGCCCUGGCUAUGGAGAAGGGGGCGCCCUGGGGAAUCCUGCCUCGCCUGUGCGUGCUGUGCACGGCGCUGCUCUGGCAACUUUGGCCCUGCGGCGCCCACGGCAACUGGAUGGGCUGCUUUUUCAGGUGGCUGGGCAUGGCCUCCUUCGGUGUCCCCGAGAAACUAGGCUGCGCCAACCUGCCCCUGAACGGCCGUCAAAAGGACCUGUGCAAGAAGCAUCCCAACCUCCUGCCCAGCAUCCGUGAAGGAGCCCGCCUGGGGAUUGAGGAGUGCCAGAGCCAGUUCAAACACGAGCGCUGGAACUGCCUCCUGCCGCUCGAGACGGCUUCUAAGACUUCCAACCCUUCGCCCAUCUCUGUGGCUCCUGCUUCCUCCGGCUUUGGCUAUGAACUGAGCAGCGGUACCAAAGAAACAGCGUUCAUCUCGGCGGUGACAGCAGCAGGCCUUGUGCAUUCCGUGACUCAUUCGUGCAGCAUGGGGAACAUGACCGACUGUGCCUGUGACCCCAAGCUACAGAGCGGCGGCUCAGCCAGCGAAGGCUGGCACUGGGGCGGCUGCUCUGAUGACAUCCAGUAUGGAAUGUGGCUGAGCAGAAAGUUUUUAGACGGCCCUGCAGAAAACGUCACGGGGAAAGAUGGCAGCAGGCUGCUAGCCAUGAACCUGCAUAACAACGAAGCUGGAAGACUGGCCGUCGCAAAGCUGAUGACAGUGGAUUGCCGUUGCCACGGAGUCUCGGGCUCCUGCGCUCUCAAGACGUGCUGGAAGACUAUGUCCUCCUUUGCAAAGAUUGGCAGUCUUUUGAAAGAGAAGUACGAAAGCAGCAUCCAGAUUUCCGACAGGGCGAGAAGAAAGAUACGCAGGAAAGACAAAAGGCAGCGGAAGAUACCAAUCCGCAAAGAAGAUCUGCUGUACAUCCACAAGUCCCCCAACUACUGCGUUGAAGAUUCCAAACUGGGAGUCCCCGGGACGCAAGGAAGGGAAUGCAACCGUACUUCCGAGGGGCCAGAUGGAUGCAACCUCCUGUGCUGCGGCCGCGGUUACAACACACACGUCGUCAGGCAAGUGGAGAGAUGCGACUGCAAGUUUGUUUGGUGUUGUUACGUACGCUGCAGAAGAUGCGAGACCAUGACUGAUGUCCAUACUUGCAAGUGAAACCGUACCUGAAAAUAGAUGACGAGAGAAAAACCCUGAGAAAUAGCCUUCUCGUGGUCCUGCUAAGAUGACGAGAGAAAAACCCUGAGAAAUAGCCUUCUCGUGGUCCUGCUAAGGAGGCGUCUCAAGAUGAAGAGCCUCAAAGGCCAAAGGUGUUGGUUCGUAUCGAAAGGGCAUCUCGGAAUAAGUAGAGGCCCCAUUUAAAACUAAUAGUAGUGGAGACCUGGAUCAUCUGAAGAAUUUUGCCUAGCUGGGUGGCCUACUUGAGCGACUUGUGCCCCUGAUCGCCGUGAAUAGUCAGUAUUUUGAUCAGUGAAGUCGAGAUGAACACGUCUUUGCCAACGCUGGACACGCACAGUUCUCAAGGCAGCCAGAAGAGCUUAAAUGAAACAUUUAGAGGCUACAAUGACGCCUGGUACGAGAUAAACUGAUCCCAUGUAUUAAGAGUACUUUGUUUAUUGAUACCUCUGGGAGCAAAGGAUUACCAGCAGUUGUAUGGCUGUUUGCUUAGCUAGUCAAAUGUUAAGGGUAAGACUGAGAUGUUCAUCAGUUAACCGAGCUGAGUCUAAAAUGGGUUGAAUAGCUUUCUUGGGCAGAUCUGGACCUUGGCGUUGGGAGUACACACCAGUUAAAGCGAAAUGAUGUGUAGCUGCGACCUCCUGGUGGUUUUUUAAAUUUUUAGUUGUGUCUUCUCCGGUGCCAUUAAAAGCUUCAUUGAGGAAAAGGGAGAGAAAUAGAGCAGCUUUGUGGGAACGUUGUGUCGUCGCUUAAGGCAUUCUCAUUCCUUCCCCCCUCCCCCAACCAAAUUAUGCUGAUUAUUUUUGUGAUGUGAUGUGAUGCUCCAUUCUUUUUAUGGAAAUGUCUCCCAUAUGCUAUUGCUAAACACACCUGUCUGUGACUAUAACAUGCCAGUGUGCUAUGAAAACUAUGGUGUGUGUGUCAGUGAAUUUGGCGCAUGCUCCAUUGACAGGAGGAUCAAUCCAUGAUGGAUGGAUGCAUUGUCUUCCUCACAUUAGCUGCAGAGCUGCUGCCAGCUCAGCUUAUUAAGAAGGGUAGAAAAAUCCUAGAAGACAUUGCUCUCUUUAGAUCUUUUUGGCCACCCUGCAAGAGGCAUUUAUUCUGAUCAGGUUAAUCAAUAUCUUGUUUCUUUGGCACAGUCGUUGUUUCCUAGUCAUUGCAAGUAUGGUCAGUCAAAAGUGGUUUGCCAGCUCGGGUGGAGGAAGGAAGGGGGUGACUUGGAGAUCAUUGUGGUGCAAAUGCACUAGCAGGAGUAUUGGAUCGACUCCUUUGGUGUCUUUGCGCAACAAUGACCUCGCCACCACCUCAUCCCUUCCUCUUGCGCCGAAAGCCACUUCUGUGGCCAAUGUUGAUAAACCGAUAAGCUUUGUGAGUCCGGAUCUACUAGAUGGCAUUGGAGCUCCAUCCAAUAAAAUGGUUAAUCUACAUUUAGUCAUAUACUGUACUUGACGUAAGGAAAAAAUGGGCUUUGCAAACUUAAGAACUUGCUUGCAAAUUUUGGGCAAUGUUGGCUAUUCAGUGAACAUGCAUCCUGAUUUGUUUGCCCAGAGGUUGGAUGGCAUUGCGUCGCAUUGUCCCAUACUUUCUAUCGAGUGCCUUUUCCUGUCCCUUUCCUUACUGCAAAAAGUCUGUUCUGUUGGGGGAAUGGCUUUUGUUGCAGCAAACCUUCCAGUCAGCUAUAAUGGCACAGCCUGAAUUUGCCAGUUUGUGAUGGAAUCCCACCCCCAAAUAGCAACAGUCUGGAAUUUCCCCAAGUCCUGUUGAAGUGAGAGGGGUGAGCUUCUGAGUAGACAUACAGGAUUGCACUGUUAAUACGUUUGCUUAAAUUAUGCUUUCUGAAAUUUUCUAAGAGAACACUGGACCAACCUUUAAUGGCCUCAAUUUAAAACAGAGGCUCUAGGAAAGGUAAGAGAGAGGAACACAAAAUUAUCCUCUUGAUUUAGUUUUUCAGGUGUUUGCUGAUGUGCCUUUGGUCUUAUGGGAAGAAAUGUCUUAGAAUCAUAGAAUUGUAGAGUUGAAAGGGACCACAAGGGUCAUCUAGUCCAGCCCCCUGCAAUACAGGAAUAUUUUGCCCAAUGGGGCUAGAAACCACAACCCUAAGAUUAAGAGUCUCUUGCUCUGCCAUCUGAGCUACUAAGGCAGAUCAGCUCUUUUAAUCUGGUUCACCAACCUACUGAUUCAAAAUCACCUUGGCUCUUCUAGCUUAUCCAAUAUGGAUGACUUGAGGCUGGGAUCCCAUUUACUUGGAAGUAAGGCCCAUUCUGAUUUGUUGUUGUUGUUUAGUUGUUUAGUUGUGUCUGACUCU